AUGGCACACGACAAGGACGUUUGUGAUUUAGGUACUUAUCAUUGGAAGAAUGGUGAAAUCAUAUUGGAUGGUGAUUUGCUUGCAGGAGUGGACCCAGAUGAGCUGUGGGAUGAUAAAUACAUUCCACACAAUAAUGAAUACAAACAAGGCGAUGAGAAUCUUCGUAAUGAAAAGAUUGAUCAAGAUGAAAUUGAUGCUUUACUUGAAGAAGCGGAAGAAUUUAUUGAAAACUAUGAUGAUGAACACACAAAAAAUGUCAAACAAGAGGUGAAGAAGCGGAAGAAUUUAUUGAAAACUAUGAUGAUAGACACACCAAAAAUGUCAAAGAAAAGGCAAAGACAGGAGUGUUGCAAGUAUUUAUGA